GUUCCAUCGAUUUGUAUCAAAAUUGGAGCUAAAGUUAGAAAUUACAUCAUAUAGUAUCAAAAUUGGUUAGCUCCAUUUGCAUGCAAUUCCACAAGUUUCAAUCUAUGAUGUUAAUAAGCUUGUAACUUGUACUUGGGUUCCUAUCAUGCUACUCUGUCUUGCCGUUUCACCUAAAAACCUACGUAUAAAAAUUAUGUGCAUGCAGGAAUCAGUGUUUUUAUUUGUUUUUAUAUAGUGGGCAGUGAGGGUCACUCGGACCAUGGUGUUCUUGUUUCUAAUCGAAAAAACAAUCUAGUGUUAGGUCUAAAGGGUUGUGUCCUGGUUUCUAAUCCAAAAAGCCUCAUCCUCCUACCCAAAUUAAAAAGUCAUCCAACAAAUACAAAUUAAAAACCUAAUAUUUUCAACAAAUACCCAAAUAUGCAUAUCCAUAAGACAACCAGCGAUUAUCAAGCGAUACCCUUCAAAAAUACGAACAAUUGGUUUCAAUCAAAAUACAACUUUCAGCACAUAAUAAAUAAAAACAAUCAAAAUUGGUUUAAAAAAUCACAAAGAGAGAGAGAGAUAUAUCUCGAUGGUGACUGAACUGGCUUGCAGAGUGAGGACAAAGAAAAUCACAGCGACAACAAAAUCCUAGGAGGAGGCUGAGUCUGUGGCUUGCAGAAGCUUAAGGGGCAACUUGGACGAAGGAGAAGAACUUUUGGGGGAAUAGGGAAGGAGGAGAAGGGUGAAACGCACCCUUUCAAUAAGGCCUUCUUCCCCCUCUUCAAUUUCGUCUCCCGCCAGAGCAAUCCGCACCGUUUCAUUAACUCAGCCCCAUUCCAUAAAUCCAUGUCUAUCUUCGGUGCGCAUGGGUGCGCAAAUUAGCCUUCAAGUAGAAUUUUCCUUCUUCUACUGCCUUCUACUACCUCCUCCUUCUUCUUCUUCUUCUUCUGCGUAUUACGAAGCCCGUCGCCCCCCUCCGCCGCUCUCUCCCAAGCCCAUCUCCCUCUCUGCUACCGCCACCCUCCACGAGCACCGGUGUGAGCCCAGUACAGCACGCCCACUUGACCAUCUCUGCUCUGCCUCUCGAGUCCCUGAGUCCCCGCAGCCGUCUCUCACGCUCAGUCCCUCUCUCACGCCCUCAACAGCCCCUCGCCGUCGACACUGUUGGUACGUUCUGUUCUCCUCCGCUUCCAGUCGUUCCCGAGGCUACAGAAUCACAGAUAUUGUUUUCCCCUCUCUCGGCGAGCUAAUCGCCACUCUUUCUCUCCUCUGCUAGGGUUUCCAACGUCGGCUUCAUAACAAUGGCCGUUGAAGCUUCGCCUCUCUCUUCUCGACCUUCGACGAAAAAGCACAGGAGAAAACGACCCCAGUUAGAACCAGAGCUCGAACGACUCGACUCUCUUCCGUGGAACCCUGCUCUCCCCGAUGACGACUCCUUCUCUCUCGUCGUUGGUACUAACGAACUCGAAGGAGGAUUUCUUUCACUGGAAGAGAUUGGCGAAGCCGAGUAUGGUUUAGACAUUCCUCAACCUGAGGUAGGAAAUAGGAAGGAGAAAAAAGCCAAUCAGAGUACAAAAUUGAAGAAACGCAAACGUGGCGGUGAUAACAGCAGCUCUGGUGAGUCUAAAGCUGAAGAGGAAAUGGUGGAGGAGGCUAAAGUUGGAGAGAGAAUGGAGAAGGAUGUGAAUGUGAAGACUAAAAAGAAAAAGAAGAAAAAGAAGGCAAACGACAAGGAAAAUGAAAUGCAAACAAAUGAGGAACUCCCAGCUGGUGUUAUCAAGCUGUGUAAGAUGUGUAUCAUACGGCAUAGUAUAUGUAGCCAAACUGUUGAAGUUAGCAAUAGCAUGGAUGAUGUUGAAGAAGAGUUGGUUGAUGGAGCUGAUUAUUAUGCAUGGAAUGAGUUGAGGCUUCAUCCCCUGCUCAUGGGAUCAAUACACAGGCUUGGCUUCAAGGAACCAACUCCAAUACAGAAAGCUUGUAUUCCUGCUGCUGCUCAUCAAGGGAAGGAUGUUGUUGGUGCUGCGGAGACGGGAUCUGGGAAAACACUUGCUUUUGGUUUGCCCAUUUUGCAACGUCUCCUAGAGGAACAAGACAAGACUGCAAAGAUGCCCGAGGAAAAGGAGGAGGAAGCAGAAAAAUUUUCUCCAGAGGGCCUUUUACGUGCUCUUAUUAUUACUCCUACAAGGGAACUUGCACUUCAGGUCACUGAUCAUCUCAAGGCUGUAGCCACUGGAACUGAUAUUAGAGUGGUUCCUAUUGUUGGGGGAAUGUCAACAGAGAAGCAGGAAAGACUCCUAAAGAAAAGGCCUGAGAUUGUUGUUGGAACUCCAGGGAGGUUAUGGGAACUUAUAUCAGGAGGAGAAAAGCAUCUUGUCGAGUUACAUUCUUUGUCUUUUUUUGUGCUGGAUGAGGCUGAUCGAAUGAUUGAAAAUGGACAUUUUCGUGAGUUGCAGUCAAUAACUGACAUGCUUCCUGUCACCAACGGCCCCAUUGAAGAUCACUCUCAAAAUACACAAAAUUGUGUCACAGUUUCAAGUUUCCAAAGAAAGAAAAGACAAACUUUGGUUUUUUCUGCUACCAUAGCACUAUCUGCUGAUUUUCGCAAGAAGCUAAAGCGUGGUUUUGUAAAACCAAAGCAGUCAUUAACUGAUGGGUUGAAUUCUAUAGAAGCUCUCUCUGAGCGAGCCGGAAUGAGAGCUAAUGUUGCCAUCAUUGAUCUGACAAAUGCAUCAAUUUUGGCAGAUAAGAUUGAGGAAUCUUUUAUUGAAUGCAGGGAGGAAGAUAAAGAUGCCUAUUUGUAUUAUAUUUUGAGUGUUCAUGGAGAAGGCCGCACAAUUGUGUUCUGUACAUCAAUUGCAGCUUUGCGCCAUAUCUCUUCUCUUUUGCGUAUUCUUGGCAUUGAUGUUUGGACACUACAUGCUCAAAUGCAGCAGCGAGCUCGGUUGAAGGCAAUUGAUCGUUUUCGUGGAAAUGAACAUGGAAUACUUGUUGCCACUGAUGUCGCAGCAAGAGGCCUUGAUAUUCCUGGUGUUCGAACUGUUGUUCAUUAUCAGCUGCCACAUUCUGCUGACGUUUAUGUUCAUAGGAGUGGAAGAACUGGUAGAGCUUUUGCUGAUGGGUGCAGCAUUGCACUAAUCUCAUCAAAUGAAACAUCAAAAUUUGCUUCUUUGUGCAAAUCAUUUUCCAAGGAAAGUUUUCAGAGAUUUCCUUUAGAGAACUCAUACAUACCAGAGGUCCUAAAACGAUUAUCUCUUGCUCGUCAAAUAGACAAAAUUUCACGGAAGGACUCCCAGGAGAAAGCCAACAAAAGCUGGCUUGAGCGAAGUGCAGAGUCAGUGGAAUUAGUGAUGGACAAUUAUGACAGUGAGGAAGAAAGAGUGAACAAUUUCAAGCAAAAGAAAGCCACGUCCAUGCAAUUAAAGAAGUUGCAGCAGGAGCUCAAUAUGCUUUUAUCACGUCCAUUCCAGCCAAGAACAUUUUCACGCCGUUAUUUGGCAGGGGCUGGUGUUUCACCUCUUCUGCAACAUCAGUUUGAAGAAUUAGCUAGGCAAAAACUUGGUGAUAGCCGGGGUUCAGGAGAAAACAAAAGAAGCAAAUUAGUCAUUAUCGGUCAGAAUUGUGUGGAACCACUCCAGGCACUUCGUAGUGCCGGUCAUGAGGUGCAUAUGGAUAUGAAAGGGGUGGCGGAAAAACGAAGAAAUAUGGAUAAUCUUAGGAGAAAGAGAAAAGAAGAGAAGAAACGUGUGCGGGAUCAGCGAAGAAAGCAGAGGAAAAAGUUGAAAAUGGGCGGUGAGUAGAGCGGCUCUUCGAAAUUGAUAGAAAUCGAACGUAAAACAUGGAACUAUUAGACUAUGGUCAUCCGUUGUGUAGUUUUUACUACUUGCGCACAUAAAUUUUAAAAUUUUGACUCAUUAGAAAGUCUACAUCAAAUUUAGAUCUAGCAUUACAUAGCACACUGGAUAAGUCUGCAUGGACAUGUUACAUGUAAAAGUUGCAGAGUUUUCAACAGCUGAAUAAUUGUGUGAAAGGCAUAUUGCCGGCAAUGUCGUUCUCAUGGCAAUUUAGAGGGGAAGAUGAUUUUGGAUUUCAUGCAUUCCUUUUGACUCUACUCAGCCCCUCUCAUUUCCUGAAUCUGAAAGAAGAGAUCACACGUAUAUGUGACAUUGGUUUCCCAUGCUGCAGCAAGCAGAUUGUAAACGCACUUAUUUUAUGAACCGUUGACAUUAGAGGCAACUUAUUAUAUACGGAUGUGAUAUAAUGCAUGACCUCCUGUUGUUUUAUUUAUU